UACAAAUUAACGAUGUAAAUAUUUACAUGUAUGCUCGAUGCACAGGUUCAACAAUGUGAAGUUUGAUCUCGAGUGUCGUGCUUAGUAUCCAAGUUGGUAAAUCUCGCUCAAGAUAAAGAUUACGUGAACAGGAAUUAGUAAUCGGACUAUAAAACUCGGACCAUUCCGUACAACAGUGACGAAAUCGCUUCACUCGAACAUAUAAAUAUACGCACUCACCAAUGACAGACAGAGAGAGAGAGGAUCUUGGCAUUAUACAACAGCAACAUAUGUUUCUAAUAUUCACUUUGCAGGGAAAGAUGCAGCUACACUCGUGACCCUAUGCUUGUAACAAAACCCUAGGUUUUAUCACCACUUCACUGGAUUUAAGUCUUGUAUUAGCUGUAUUGAGGACUUCUUAAAAUUUAUUUGCAUUAUUGGAUACUUUGUCUUCAUUGACGGAUAGAGGGAAGCAGGCUGUGGUUAGGAAAACUUACUCGCGAGGGUAUAAAAAUAGAGAUAGUGAGAGCAAGCGGUAGCAAGUCACCAGCAAGCCUGAAUUAACGAGAUAAAAACGAAAGCUCGAUUCUGAUAAUAGUAGAAAAAACUGACUCGGUGCAUGCAUGGUCUGGAAUCAAGGUGGCUGUCUUUUGACGGUUCCAGAGGUUAUAAUUAAUUCUGUACAAGACAGGAAAAAAGAGGAAAAUUGUAAAAUGUCAUCCGAGACAGAGGAAAGCAUUCCCGAGGAAGAGGGGAGACCGAAAGAACAUGAAAUGGAAGCGGAAUCGAAAUUGCAAAUCAUUAUUAACAAAAUCAAAAACUUCUUUAAGAAGAUUUAUGAAGUUUCCAAAUCUCUGUUGGGACUUUCCGUUUUACUUGUUCUCUAUUCAAUUAUAGGAAUGAUUAUGUUUCACUGGAUAGAAUAUCAGGAGGAAUUAGACCAGAGAGAAAAAGUUGUGAACUUCCGGGAACUCACGGCUAAACAACUAUUUAAAUUAAAUAAUGAAAUAUUAAAUGAAACUGAAUGGAUUCAAAAGUCCCGAGAAUAUCUGGAGAAUUAUGAAAAUUUGAUCAGGAACACACCCUAUGAUACCACCGAAAAACCACUUUGGAGUAUGUGGGGAUCUUUGUUUUUCUGUGCUACAAUUUACACUACCAUAGGUUAUGGUCACAUCACACCCAACACAAACUUCGGAAAAGUUAUGACAAUCUUUUAUGCAACAAUUGGGAUACCUUUAGCUUUAAUGGUGUUAGCAGAAGUCGGGAAAAAGUUAACCGUAGGUUUAAAAUUUCUUUGGAAAUUUGUCAGAAGAUACUAUUACACUGGAUAUUGCAUUAAAGUACGCCAAACUGGAACCACAUAUAUGAAAAGUGGCUUCCAACGAGGAAAAACAGCUCUACGGAAGGCAUCUGUAAGAUCUGUUCGACGACUUCGAGGUUUACGACAACCUCCUGUAGACAGGGAAAACAAUGAAGCCCCGAAAACCAUUGAUAUUGAGGCAGGUUCUGAGGUUUUAAGUUCCACGGAACUCCCACUUGCAGUUCUGGAGGAAGCUGCGCAGAUGAUGGCGGAAUCGUCACUUGAGCAGGUGACACUUCAUGGAAAUGGUAUUCAACAAAUUACGUUGAUGGUACCAGAAACGGAAGAAACUGAAAGCACUCUUCAUGGAAAUAGUAUUCAACACGUAACACUGAUGGUCCCAGAAACGGAGGAAACGGAGAGCGCAUGUGGAGACUCUGUGACGUCAAAGGAGUCACAUGAUAUGAAUGAUUUUGAAAUUGACGAAAAUUUUAACCUGCCACUUCCUAUAGCCUCUGUUAUAAUGCUGAUAUACAUCUUCUUAGGAACAUGCUUCUACAUGAUCUUAGAACAAUGGAAUUUCAUCGAUUCCUUUUAUUAUGUAUUCAUUUCGAUAAGUACUAUAGGUUUUGGUGACAUUGUACCUGGCCAACCCGAGUAUUUCUUGGUGUCUUCAAUUUACCUUUUCCUUGGGUUGGCGCUUGUAUCCAUGUGCAUAAAUGUCGGUGUUGACUAUUUAAAUGUGACAAUAGAUAAAGCUAAAGUACAAAUGGACAAAGCUAGAGACAAAAUGAGUAUUGUGGGUAGAAAACACAUCAAAAUUGCUGGAGAACAAUGGGGUAAAGCAAAAGUUAGAGCCAGGACAAAGGCUACAGAAAUGAGAACUAAGGCACGAGAAAAAGCCACGGAAGUGCACAACAUUGCCAAAGACAAGGCAAAGGAAGUGAGAAAAGACAUCGUGUUAAACGUGCAGAAUGAACUUUCAAGAAUGAAGUCAUCGAGGAAGAAGAAUUCUUUAGAUUCAAAUGGAAAACCUCCUUCCGAGGAAAAUGUUGAGAGGGAGGUGUCUGUGGACAGAAAUUUAACUCUACAGAGAGUCACACAUAGACAUGAUAAAGACAAAAUUGUUUUAAAUGGAUCUCCAAAGCAUUUUAAUCCUUCUGGUCCUGUAACAGAGUUAUGAGAUGAAAUGACAUUUCCUAGUUCAUCUUAAGUUAAACAGGGCGUCAUAUAGGGUAAAAAAUGAACCUUAUUUCUCAUUGAGAAUUCAGGAAUACCGAUCUGAAAAUUGUCAAAUGGAACAAAAGAGCAGAUCAUGACGUGUUCAGAACUUAAAUGAUGAGAUGACAUUUCUCAAAGAGCUCUCUGGUCGGUGACGAAAGUAUGGACAAAACUUACAGAAAUAAUUCCAAGAAAACAUGAUGUAACUAUAUGACUGUAACAGAUUACAAAUUCAUGAAACGUUGACUUGCCAAAGUGUUGGGAACUCCAAGGUUGUGAAACAGCCAGACACGAAGCAAAUGCUUGUUCAGGAAUAAAACAGUGUGUCAGAAAUAGCUAUAUCAGACAUGUAUUUAUAUCAUUUUAUCAUUCAUGCUUCCUGGAAACAUACAUGAAACAUUGGUGCAUCAGGGUACAAAGCGAGUUCACUUUGUGUUUCCGUGUGUAAAGAAGAUAGAACGAUGAUACAAUUGUUUCCUACUUCAAGAACAUUUCCAUUUCUAUUCAGUUGCCCCUGAUCUUGACAAUGCAACUUUUGUGUAUAUCAAACAAACAUGAUUGUGUGUAUUCACAUUACCCUUCAAACUCACUUCAGGAGAGACCUUUAACCUUUAAAGAUUCUCUUAAAUCAUACAUUACCAUAUUUUAACCGAAUGAAGAUAUAUAGAGUAUGCUCUUCCAAGAUCAGUUUAUAUUACAAAUGUAUGCCUACAUGUUCAUGUUAAAUGUUCUUUAAAUCUCAGUGAUGGAUAUUAUAUAUGUUCUUUAAAAAAUUGCAAACUAAUGAUAUAUUUCAAUUUCUGGGAACAAUUUCCAAAUUUCCCACCCAGAAGAGUUUAUGACUCAUAUUUCGUUUUGCUAAUUAAGCUGUGCUAUUUCUGUUUUCAAGAUAAAUUUAGAUAUCAUCGCUGUAUGUUAAGGACCCAGGGAACCAUAACUCUCAUUUUUAACUUGACUGACGCGUCAAUUAGAUCAAAUUCCAUCCUCUGCUUUUGAAAAAUAGAACACCUGUAAGUGUUUACACGUAAUUUAAGAAUCUUCAGGAAUGUUGUUACUUGCUCUGAUUAGGGCGAUCUAUAACUAGCAAUAUUUGAAACCUGACUCGUAUAUCAUGAUAUUCAGCAACACAAAAAAAUCCUAUUACUGAAUCUGUUGCAGUAUAUUUAUUUUUCUUUCCUUUACCACGUCGAUGUACAAUGUUCCCAUUAUUCUUGUAUCAUGAACAUUUUUUCGAUUGGUUUUUGUAAUAAUCACUACUUUUUUUUCUAUAUUUCUACUUAACAUUUCAAGAUGUUAGCAAAACUUUCCAGAAAAGACGAGUAAUAUACUCAACUUGUUUCAUUUCAACUGAAUGUGUUUUUUUUUUCUUGUGCACUUGUAAAAGAUUUGAUUUAAAAUAAGGAGUUUUGGAAGUAAAAUGCGACAUUUGGAAGUCAUAAUACUUAAAUGUUGAAUACACUCGGUUAUAUAAUGAAUUCAUUCCCAUUAAUACAUGUUAAAAUGAUGCUAUCCUUGAAAAUGAAACCUCAAAUUCCAUUUCACCAAGAGAAAACUUUACUGCAUUGAACUUCUGUAAUGUUAGAAUUUUAGAUUUGAAGUAUGGGUUAUCAAAUAAGUAAUAGUUAUCUAGAUUGUUACAUUUUAGACACACAGAAUUUUUUUCAGCCAUAUAGUUUAUUUAUUUGUUUCAACCGUAGAUACAUUCAGAAAUACAUAAAUGAUCUUGUUAAACAAGUUAAGUGUAGAGAGAAAGUUGUUUGUGCGUAGGUGGUGAAGAAGUAGUGGUAAUUGCGGAGAAAAAAUAAAAACCCGCCAUUACAAAGGAUGAUCACCCUGCUGAAAUACAAAAAAAGAUUGUUUUGGUGACCGAUUUCCUUCUACUGGCAAUCGUAUCCCCGUAUUGUUACAUCUUUGACAGUGUGUGCUUGUGUUUGGAUGUGAUUGUAUACCAUUGUUAUUUUCAUGAAUGGUUGUUGUUAUCUGUUUAUCAUCUCCACCAUUCCAAUUAAUAAAUGUUUUUCUAAUUUUACAAAUAUA